AUGGAUCAAUAUCUCAAAUAAUUCAAAAGCAUUGAAUUAAUAUAACUAACUAUCUCAGGUGUUAUAGGCUUAAUCAUAUGUAUGAUGGCAUCUGCUAUUGGAAAUGCUGUACUUGUUGAAAUUAGUAUCAAUAUCGUUUUUUCAGCUGUAUUACUAAAUCUUUUAUUUCAAGUAUUUUGGAAUUUGUUUCAUUAUUAUUGGAAUCUUAUUACUUAUGAGAGUAAACAAUUUACCUGAAAAUAGUCAACUUCAUAAAAACAAAAAAUUCUUAUAAUAUUUUGGCAUCAUGGUUCUUACAUCAGGAAUCAUUUGUUUCUGUCUUGAAAGAGAUUGGUAAUAUUUAUUGUUAUAAAUAUAAUCAAGGAAUAAAACCAUGGGUUAUUAUACUAAAAUCCCACUUUACAUUAUCUUGGGUAUUUCACUUAACUUUACUUUGAUCUUUGGUUUAGUUGAUACUAUUAAUUUUGUUAUUGGAUUCUUUCAAUAAGCCUGGUAAAGAACUCUUGUUGAAACACCUAAUCAAAUUAUAAGCACUCUUUUCAUUAGUACACUUAUUGGAUUUAUCUAUGGAUUAUUCUUUAGUGCUAUGGAUAUUGAAGUAUUUAAUAUAUUUAUUUAAAGGAUAUUAGAAAUUUUAAUAAAUUAGAAAGUAAAUUGAUUUUUGAAGAAAAACUAUGCAUGCCCAUUGUUGGAAUAUUGGGUCUUAUAGGAGGAGUAGCAAAUGAAUAUCUAAGAAUUAGAGGACAUAAAUUUAUGCCCUAUACAUUUGAAUAAGUUAAAGAUCCAUUUACAGAAGAAAUAUGAUAUCCC